GAUUUCCGAGUCCCCUGUACCCAGGUCUUACGUCCCCCUGAUUGUAGGGGGACACGCCCGACGUAAUGUUCGCCGGUGUGGGCCCCAGGACACCCCCCCAGGCGGCAACGGGGCGGCAACACGCCGGGGGCGCGGCGCGUUCUCGGGACGCCCGCUCCUCCGAGGCGCAAGCAGUGGACCCCCCACAGGGCAGGCACUGCUCGUGGGGCAAGGGGCCCAGCAAGGGAGCAGUCGGCUCAACGCACGGGGAGCGCGCACGAGUCGCGGAGGGGCGCGACGCGGCGGACUUCUUCUGGAGGGGCCUGCUCGUGAUCCGCAGGCGGACGAGCGCGGACUCGGUCGAGCUGCAUCGCAAGGCCAUGUCGGCGGGGAUGUUUUUCACGAUGACCAUCCUCUGGCAGCGUCCCCUGCAGGCGGUCGCCUUCAUAGGCCUGCGGAGGGCCAUGCUGCGCGCGGCGGCGGCCCUGCAGCUGGAGUGGCCUCGGCGGGUGGCCCUGAGGCUGCUGGACCAUCACGUGGGCCUGGCGGUCUCCACGGCCAUCAUCGGCGUCCCGUCGAUGCUGCUGGACGGCCCCAGGUCGUGGCUGGCGAGGUCUAUGCUGGACCUCUCGGAGGAGCAGGUUGAGGAGCUGUACGGCUCUCGCGAGCCAGGCACGAUGGAGGUUCUGCUCUGGCGGCUCCGGCUCCCAGUGUACCUGGUGCUCCGUGCGCUGAUCACAGACUUUUGGACAUCGAACCCCGAUCCCUAGAACUGCGUGUCCGGUCCCUUGCAGCCUGGGAGGUGGCAAAGAGUGCGGAAUCUGGUGGGGGA